UGUUUCAACUAAGGUCUCCCUUCACUCCCUCUGCCUUAGUUUUGACUGUAAGUCACUCGGGGUUCGUGUUUGGAUUCUCCUCACUGAAAAGCAAAUGAAGUGCAGGAAAGGGACAAUGCUGCAACAAUUUCAAGAGUCUGGACCCUCUGACCAGGACUAACAGAGCUCAACAGCACCGUCCUCUGGCAAAAAGGAGAACAUCUAGUGAUCUUGGUGGAUUACUCUAUAUCACCUUGAUGUAACACCUCCAUCUGUUGAAAGGGGUCAAGCAUUUUCUUUCUGUAUCUUUUUUUGUUUUGUUUUCUCUGGACUAAUUCUUCACAGCCCCUGCUGCCAAUAGCAUGUUAAUAAAAAUGACUUCAUAGCCACCGACUGCAGGCGGAAUAGAAGAAAAGCAACAUAAAGCAUGGAGGCUUUGAGUGCUGCUAAUGCAGCGACUUCGCCCUCGACAUCCACAUUCCCCACAUCCCCCGCUCCAUCCUCUCCUGGCUACCUGCAGUUCUUCUGGGAGUACCAGGACAUCUCUGUAAUUGUGGAACAUUACAACUACACUGGCAAGCUGCAGAAAGACCGCUACCGGGAGGGGCUCAAACCUGAGGGCAUCGCGUUCCUGGUGGUGUGUCUCCUCAUUGUCUUGGAGAAUGCCGUGGUUCUCCUCGCCAUUUGGAGGAACAAGAAGUUCCACCUGCCGAUGUAUUACCUGCUGGGUAACCUGACUCUAUCUGAUCUUUUGGCUGGGAUUACCUACAUGGCCAACAUUAUUAUGUCCGGACGUAAUACUUUGAAACUAACACCAUUACUAUGGUUUGUCCGGGAAGGAGGGGUGUUCAUCACUCUGGCUGCCUCCAUCAUUAGUCUCCUGGCCAUUGCAAUUGAACGCCAUGUUACUAUGGUGACAAUGAGGCCAUACCAUGGAGCCAAGCGGGGACGAAUGUUGGCAUUGAUUGGUGCAAGUUGGGCCCUCGCAGGCUUUUUGGGGGUCCUACCAAUUCUGGGAUGGAACUGCAUGCACAGACUGGACCAGUGUUCUACAGUGCUGCCACUUUACGCUAAGAGCUACAUCCUCUGCUGCGUAUCUGUGUUCAGUGCAGUGCUCCUGGCCAUUGUGGUCCUUUAUGCCAGAGUAUUCCGCAUUGUCCGUACCAACACACAGCGCCAGCGGCUGGGCAUGUCAGCCAGCAUACGGAAAGGCUUGGCAAGGAAGUCACAGAAGUACAUUGCCCUCCUCAAGACAGUCACCAUUGUGCUGGGCGUCUUCAUCGCCUGUUGGCUUCCCCUCUUUCUCCUCCUCCUUCUGGACUUUUUCUGUCCAACUCACAGUUGCCGCCUGCUCUACAAGGCUGACUACUUCCUGGGAGUAGCCAUGGUCAACUCGCUCCUCAACCCCAUCAUCUACACGCUAACCAGCAAGGACAUGAGGCGAGCCAUUUUGAGACUGCUCUGUCGGCCGUGUCUGAUGACCAGAGAUGGCCAAGUGAAGAAGAUCGGGAUGCCGUUCCUGGAGUGCAGCUUCAGUAAGACUGAGGUGGCCUCCCAGAAGUUAGAGGGGGGACAAGAGACGACCAUGUCCUCUGGGAAUGUCAUCACCUCCCCAUCUCCGAUUAAAGCUCUUUACCCCAAACUCUUCAAAUCAUAAGGACAUAGACUGAAGGGUUGAGUCCAUAAAUGUGUGAAUAGGUUUCCCACUAAAAAGAGGACAUGUAGCACUUGUCUGUUCCCUAGAGGAAGCAGUUCUUGUUCUUCUCAAUUUUGGAGUAGACCAGAAACAGAUGUGAUGGAGGCAUGAGUGGUGCAGUUACCACAUUCACAUUCUUCAUUGUGAACUGAUCAGAGAACAGAAGGCCAUAAAGAUGCAAAUGUGAACAAGCAAGCAAACGUUUUAUGAGUUUAAUGCAAGUGAUGGAUCUCCUUAACUAAUUUGCACUGAAAUAUCACAAUUAAUGGAGCAGCAGACUUGGAUAAAAAAAAGUUCUGUAGUUUGUAUGGAAACAUUUCUGUAAAUGCAAGACUCUCGUGACCGAAAAAGUAUGAACAUUUUCAUCAAGACCUUCUGGGUCAGUGGUGAACGAGUGGGACUGCCUCUGCUUUUAUUUCCACAUCAAAGUGCCUCAAAUUCAUCACAGACUCUGUGGUGUGCUAAACUGCCGCACCUCUACAUGUCAGGAAAGCCAAGUAAAGAUUGUCAGAUUACAAGAAAGACAGAGAGCGAUACUCUCACAAAGACGGCUUGGUAGAAAGAAUGUUGUGGGAGGGAGCGGGGCACAAAAUUAAAAUCCCCCACUGUGGUGGUUAACCUCUGCUGGGGUUGAUUUUUGAAACGUCAGUGUGUCAGGAAAAAUGUCUACAGCAGAUAGAACAACUAAAGGUCAUCAUAGCCUGUAGUGUGAUUGACUGACAGAUAUAUCAGUUACAUUACAUUACACACUUGGAGUUGAAGUUACAGAAUUUUUCUUUUUAUGAAAUGACUUUGACAUCAGUCUUUUUUAUACAGAUGUUUUUUUCUUAGUCUUUCCAGACCUUAACUGAUGAAUGAUCAGUGUGCUUUUUUUGUACAGUAAUUCAUGUAGUGAAGUUUUUGUAUUGCUGAAAUGUUUUUAUAUCAUCUAUGUUGUAAAUUAUAUCUAUUUUGUAACAAGAAGGCCCAAACUUUAGCUUUCUUUUCAUUAAAGAAAUAAAAAUGUUUUCUUAAAAUAU